AUGGACAGCCUGCCCAUAGAGCUGCUGGUCGAGAUCGCGGACUUCUGCGACCAUCCAUCGCAAAAGGCCCUACGAGUUGUGAGCAAGGACUUUCGGCAUGUUGCUACACCAUUCGUCUUCGAGCAGGUCUAUCUUGCAAUGCUUCAGGAGCCUCUAGCGAACUUCGAAAGCAUUGCGGGCUCAAAUCACCUGGCGAAGCAUGUCAAGAAAGUCACGUUCUUCUGUGACAUCAUGACCGACUUCGACUGCAUUGAGAAGUAUGCAAUGUCACUGGAGCUGAAGCCCGAUUUCACUACAUGGCUAGAACAUGAUAUUCGCCUUGGAGGACAAGGCGAAUGGCAGGAGUGGAAAGCUGUCCCCGGCCAGACGCUAUCGGCGCGCGACAUCGAGUCGGGUUGGGAAGUGUAUACGCGUCUCUGGCGAGAACAGAGGCUGUAG